UUCUGGGAGUUGAAGUCCACCCAACUUCAAGUUGCCAGGCUUGAGAAACACAGAACAGCUCACACAGCGAGGGAGGAAUCGCGAUCUUUCCUAAUUCCUGCUGCGUUUAGCCGAUCUCAGAAUUAAUCAAGAAAGAGUUGCCUGCUUGUUCUGAAAGACAGAACUGAGAGAUCUCCUUACUCCCAGUCUAACGUUUGAGAGUCUUGACAUGCUCCAGGCAAAUAUUCUGUACUGAAGUUGGGAAGACAUUGGCCUAGCGGGAAAAGGACACAUGAUUUUCCUAGGCUGGAGAAGAUUGCUGCAUUUUUGUGGUAGGACCAGUUUCAGAAAAGACUUCAAGCAGAAGCAGAGAGACUGUUUGGUUUGGAGGUGCUGCCAUGGAAGAACUUCAGGAAGACCUCUAGAUCCUGAGUUGAGAAUGUUUCUAGAGGAGAAUACUGAAAUCAUUGACACUGGGAGCCUGACCCCAGAGAUAAAGUUACGUCUUCUGACCCCUAACUGCAGGUUUUGGCAUGACAAAGCUGCUUUGUGGCCUUAUGGGGAGCCCUAUUGGGCAAUGUACUGGCCAGGAGGCCAAGGACUAUCCAGAUACCUUCUUGAUAACCCAAAGGUGGUCCAGAGGAAGAAAGUUCUGGAGCUAGGAAGUGGUUGUGGAGCAACAGCUAUUGCAGCUGCACUAAGUGGAGCAUCACACGUAGUUGCCAAUGACACUGAUCCUGUUGCAGCUGCUGCCAUAGUGCUUAACUGUGAACUGAACAAUGUAGAUCCCUUCCCUGUUCUAACGGAGAACCUGAUUGGUACAGAUAUAGGCAAGUGGGACCUUAUUGUCCUAGGAGACAUGUUUUACAAUGAAGAACUUGCAGACAGCCUCUCAGAGUGGUUGAAGAAGUGCGUCCAGGAUCAUGGAACUGAAGUGCUGAUCGGGGACCCUGGCAGACCCUAUUUUGUGACCCACCAAAUUCAAAGAAAGUUGCACAAAGUUAGUGAAUAUGUUCUCCCUGAAUCAUCACCAGAAGAAAACAACGGUUCAACCAAAACUUUUAUCUGGAACUAUCAGCCUUAAUUUUCAGGGAGCUUGGAAAUAUUAAACCAGAUGAAGUUACUUUGAAUCUCUUGAACUCCAGUUUUAGUACACUGAGAUUUUAGCCUCUAUCACUAUGUACAUUCCAAUAUGUUUGAAAAAUUCAGUUUGGAUUUGUGCCAGCUAAAGAUGCAGCCAUGCCAGAGUGGGACAAUAGUAUGAAGCACAAUUAAAAGGAAAACUUUGCCUGACUGUGGCUGAAAAUGUAUUAUUUAAAAAUAUAAACAAUACUGUUUAUGUGAAUUAAAAUAAAUUUUACUUUUGGAGCGGGGCCUAUCAACAGCAGCUAACAAUAUCUAAUGGAACGUCCAAAUUCAGGCACUAUACCUGACAGCUAGUUGUUGGAGAGGACAAUUGUCUUUCCUGUCUGUUGUGGCACUGGUGGCCAGCUGGUGACCAGUUCUAUAAUUCAAAAAGAAUAGAGGUAAUUCACACCAAGGUAAAUGCCAGAAAUUUUGUUAAGUAUAGCUUAAGAGAAUUUCAGAAGAAAGACGUACCAUAUGGCCCUUUUGCUUGUCAGGAACUCCAGGAAUGAUAGUGGAUGGGCCCCCAGAGUUGGCUGACAAGAACAUAGCACUUUCCGAAGUCUUCUGAUCUGCCCCAAGACUCAAAAUACUUGGGGUGUCUGCCAUCUUUAUACAAAAUAGAGUACUGUAAAUAACAACUGGAGAUGGUUUGGUGGCCCACCCUAUCAGUAGCUUGGAUGAAACCCAAAUAUUUGAAUAAUUGCCAAGACACUUCAUCUAAGAUAUCGCACUUGGCUUACAUCUAUUUAUCUUCCAGAUGUUGGAAGAGGGAACACGUGUCAAGAUAAAGAUUACCUUUAUCCUUAUGAAGUUGUCAUAAAGAUAUGAAGUUCAAAAUAUGAAUAUAGGAGUAAAGGUGAACAUAACCUUUUAGUGAAAAGCAACGUAUGAUUUUAUAAAGCUUGCUGUGUAACUUUUUAUGUGUAUAGGUAUGAAGAAUCUAUAAAAUCUUAUGUGUGCAGAGGGAAAAAGUGGACCACAUCACCACACUUCCCCACUAUUUCUUCCACAGGAACACUACAAUGUCCCAUCUAGGAAUUCAAGGUGAAAUCAGGCUGACCAUGGAGAGAAAUGCAAAUGGGAUGGUGAACUGAAAAUCCUUCAGCGUAAUCCAGCAAAGCUUUUAUGGGGUGCUUAAGAUUAUUACUGUGGUUUGGGACAAUAUUAGUAAAGAUUUAUUAUCUUAGCAUGAAGUGGGGGGAGAUACUUUCUAUUCAUAAUGUUGAACUUGAAUGGCCUUUUAAAGCCUCAAUAUAAUUAUCUGGAAGUAAGUAGCUGACUUUAUGGGGAAUUACUUCUUGGUAAACACACACAAAAUUAAACAUGUUCACUUUUUAUAUCCACCCUCACAUUCUAUAUUUCAUGUAGCUAACUAAUUAGUGAGAGGAUAUUUUUUAUUAUCAAACCAACUGGCCACUGUAUCAAUCAGACACUUAUCUGAAUUUUUACAUUUUCCACAUUUUGUAUAGUCUGCAUUUUUUUAUAGUCUACACAGGCUCCUUUUGACUUUUCUGCCUAUAAUCUGUAACAUAUAUCCUCAGUCAUUUUUUAACAUGAUUUUUGACGUCAGAAAACGUGUCACCAUAUGUUUUAGACAACCAAAAUUGGAAUUCAGUUUUUUAUAAAAACAUCUACAUUAUUCUGGUUUGAAUUACUGUUGCUUUUAUGGUUUGCAUACUAUGAGAUUAUCAGUUCUAAUGUGGACAGUAAAGGACAAAAAUUCAAAAAUACGUAGAAAAUAAUCUAUAAUCAUUUGAUAUUUCUGUAAGUAUCCUUUGUAAAAGGAUCAGUCUACAAGUACAACCUAGAAUGGUAGUCACUCAUUAUUUAAGCCAAUAUUGUUUUGAAAUUAUAGUAACUGAAACAAAUGCAUUUAAGAUAAUAAGCAAUUUCCUGGUUUCAGGAAUAUUCCUGAAAUAGCAGUUACUGUAUAAUGAAAAUUAGACUAAAUAUAGACACCAAGAGUGUAUGUAUAUAUAAGUCUCAGUAAGUGGUAUGCUUUGCUUUAAUCAUAUAUAAGUAGUUUCAUAAGUUUUUAAUUACAACUGUUUUUUUAAAAAACUUUUUAAAAUUAAUCCAGUGCAUUUCUAUAAUAUCCACAUCCAUGAGAAUGUUUGAUUUUCAAUCAUUGGUUCUCAUCUAUUAUGUCCUCCCAGCCACUCUAUGCAUACAUUUGAUGUAAUAUCCUGGUCUGAAGUGGAAUAUCAUCCUAUCCAUUCUGGCAUGACUUUUGUUACUACUCAUGUUUGCAAACAAAUGGAUCAUUCUGGCUUGACUUUUUUUAUUAAGCUGAUCAUUAUCAUACAGGAACAAUUACUGAAUAUGUUCACAAAGGCUGCUUUCUGCUCAAACACAGCUAGUCUCUUAGGUCCGAUC